UCUCAUGAUACGGUAGGCCCAAAACGCCUAUUCCCCGGAUGUCUGUGAAGGCAUCACCACCACGGUCACGCGUUGUGCAGUCUGGCAGGUCGCUGUCGUUUCUCGUCGGCACUAAUUAUUCGUCACCUCGUUCACCGGACAUCGGGCCCCGUCGACCCCUCCAAACUCUCCUGAAAAGCUUCAACUUAUUUAACGUCUUCCGUCAAUAUUAUCAACAUGUUCAAGGACUCGUGGGCGCACGAGGCUGAUGUGCAGGAGACACACCGUCCUCGCGUGCAGUUUGACCCCACGAAAAAGAUGGCUCUGGUGAAUCGUCCACGGAACAUCAGCAGAGAUGUAAACGGAAACUUCGACAAGGAGAUAAGCAGACAGCAACAAAAUUGGGAAGGAGACAAAGUGGACCUGGCUGAAGUAUCCCUGCUGAAUAAAAUUAUCCGCCGCAAUCUAGUGAGGAGUAGACAGGAGGUGGAGGUCCUGCAGCGGGACCCGACCUCUCCGCUCUUCUCCGUCAAGACCUUCGAGGAGCUGCGCCUGAAACCGGAGCUGUUGACAGGGGUCUAUGACAUGGGCUUCAACAGGCCUUCCAUGAUCCAGGAGAAGGCUCUACCUAUGAUGCUGGCACAGCCACAUCAGAAUCUGAUCGCCCAGUCACAGUCAGGCACAGGCAAGACUGCUGCUUUUGCUCUGGCCAUGCUUAGUCACGUGAACCCUGCAAACAAGUGGACUCAGGCUCUUUGCGUCGCGCCCACAUACGAACUUGCCCUACAGAUUGGUCAGGUGAUGGAGCAGAUGGGCAAACACUGCCCUGACAUCAAACUGGCAUACGGCAUCAGAGGCAACAAAGUGGAACGAGGCAGUGAGUUGCAGGAACAAAUCGUCGUGGGAACACCGGGCACCAUCCUGGACUGGUGCAUUAAAUUGAAAGUAAUUCAGCCCAAAAAGAUAACCAUGUUUGUGCUGGAUGAGGCCGACGUUAUGAUCGACACUCAGGGCCAUCGUGACCAGAGCAUCCGCAUCCACAGGCAGCUGCCAAAAGACUGCCAGAUGCUCCUUUUCUCUGCGACCUUUGAGGAGGAGGUUUGGAGGUUUGCGGAGAUGAUAGUUCCCGAGGCCAACAUCAUCCGACUGCGGCGUGAGGAGGAGACUCUUGACACCAUCAAGCAGUUUUACGUCCUCUGCGGGAGCAAGGAGGACAAGUUCAACAUUCUGUGUGACCUCUACGGGAGUAUGACUGUCGCACAGGCUAUGAUUUUCUGCCGUACCCGUAAAAUUGCAUUGUGGCUGUCUGCUAACCUGACCAAGGAGGGCCACAGUGUGGCGCUGCUGAGUGGGGAGUUGACUGUGAUGCAAAGAGCUUGCAUCAUUGAACGCUUUCGAGAUGGCAAGGAGAAGGUUCUUGUCACCACAAACGUUUGUUCCAGGGGCAUCGAUGUUGAACAGGUAUCACUGGUGGUAAACUUUGACCUCCCUGUGGACAUGGAUGGCAAAGCCGAUAAUGAGACAUACCUUCACCGCAUUGGCCGCACGGGGCGUUUUGGAAGGCGAGGCUUCGCCAUCAACAUGGUGGACAGCCAGCACGGAAUGGAUGUCAUCAGACAAAUCGAGAACCAUUUUGAUAAGAAAAUCCCCAAACUUGACACAGGGAAUAUUGAAGAAAUAGAAAAACAACUGAACUGAGCAGGUGUCUGUUGGUUAAGCUUUCUGACAUUUGUUCCCUCUUCCACAGGUUUAUUGUUUACAAGGUGUUUACUAUGCAGAAGGUUUUGUUUGAAAAGCACUUUUGAAGUAUUCUUAGAUGCAAACUGCUAUGCCAGUUGUUCAAACCUAGUGUGCCUAAUUUUGUUCUUAUGUUUGCAGUGUUUUGAUUUCCUUUGUUGUUUGAGCAUUUGUGUGGAGAUUGAAUAUUGAAUAUUAUAAUAAUAUGUGUGUUGAUAAGAUUUUGAUAAAUACAUCAAACCUGCCUGUAAA